CUUAAAUUUGAAUGAAAAAAUGGCAGCAGAAGUUUUACAGCUUUCGUCACUUUUGGCUAAUUUGCCAUGUAGUAAUAUGAUUGUCAGGGGGACUCCUCAGUGUUAUUAUACAAAUAUCAGACAAAGAGCCGUACAAAGAAUUAUGUGCUGCGAUAAAGGAUUGGUGUUUUCCGCAGAAUUUUGCAGAUGUGUCCCCUGGAAUUCUGGUAUCAACUCGCUGCAUGCAAAGAAUUCUAAAGAUUUAUCCAGAGAUCAAAGAAAUCCCAAACUAUCAGAGACAAUAGAUGUACCCAAAGCAGUGGUGGAAAUACAAUCAGAAGUCCCGCCAGAUGCGACAGGUUUUCGCGAGGGCAUGGAUCCUGGAACACCUCGCCUUCCCAGACUGCAAAGUAACAACAAUCGACAACCACAAUAUAGAUUAAAUCCUCUUCUUCGACCUCCAAUGCCCCGGAUAAACUUCAUGAAUAUUCAACAGAGAAAUGGAAGGAUUCUGCGCAUGCCUGUCAUUCAUGUUGUUACCCGAAAUUUCCGAAAUCAGUUCGUUCCUCGAGCAUAUCCAAUCUACACCAUUCGUAACGGCCGAUUUUAUUUUUCGACUCUUAUGCGCCAGAGGUAUCCGUCUGUGAUUGCACGAAUCCGACAACUUGAGGCUCAAGGUGUUGUUAUAAAGCCGUCGUAUGUCCGUCCAAAUGUCAACAGAUUAGGAAUACCCACAGAAUCAUCUCAGUUUGCAACUGCUGCAGGUAGAAGGGAAAAACAAAUACCUGUAGUUGACCGAGUGAUGGAAAAUACCGAAGGCCCCACGGAGACUAUCGGACCUGUAGUUGGGGGAAAUGAGCCACAUGCGCAAACUCCAGAUAUAGCUGUCCCAACAACAACACCACCAGCUCCAACAACACAUGCCCUGUUCAUACUUUGUACCCAGUGUAGAAAAAUUAAGCUCAGUCUUGGAAAUAAAUUUAAUUGA